UAAAUUUCUAAUAAAGCCCGAUGAGAGUUAAAACGACGCCUCAGUUAACGUCCAGACUCCAAAGUUAGAUCUCCUACAUCAAUAUGUCUAAACGUAACAAGGAAUUGGAAACUGAAGUUCUCGAAUGGAUCUUCAAGGUACUAGGCGAACCAGUUCCAAGUGGGGACUUUGAAAACAUACUUAAGGAUGGCGUUGUUCUAUGUAACUUAGCAAAUAAACUAUCUCCUGGAUCGGUGAAGAAAAUUGCAACCAAAGGUACAAAUUUCCAACUAAUGGAAAAUAUACAAAGGUUUCAAGCAGCUAUAAAAGCCUAUGGAGUUCCGCAAGAAGAAAUUUUCCAAACCGCAGAUUUGUUUGAAAGACGAAACAUUCCUCAGGUUGUUCUUUCACUUUAUGCCUUAGGCCGAUUAACGCAGAAGCAUCCUGAAUACAAUGGUCCAUCUUUAGGUCCAAAAAUGGCCGAUAAAAAUGAAAGAACAUUUACUGAAGAACAAUUGCGUGCCAGCGAAGGCCAACUUAAUUUACAAAUGGGUUAUAAUAAGGGAGCAUCGCAAUCUGGCCACGGCGGUUUUGGAAAUACACGUCAUAUGUAAUAUUUUGUACAGUAAUUAUAUUUGUUAUAUUUUUAUAUCGUUUAAUAGCACACUAAUAAAUUUUUGCGAGCACUAUA